AUGGAACGUAAACUGAAGACCCUCACCGACGCUGUCCAGCUCCUCCAAACAGCCGACAUCAUUUCCAAAACCGUUCAUACAGUUGUAACCGAAUGGUCCAAAGAAGCAGAGGCCUCUAACAGCUUUGCCAAGUCUUUUGAAGGCUCGACAGGGCCGCAGACACUCCCAAGUCAUGAGCUCUUCAAUGCCCAACGGACUAUUGCAGCUGCCCUGGGGAAAAUAGCCGAGCUGGUAUCUGAGCCAAGCGUCAGAAUUCUCGAAGUCGCAACCCAAUUCCAAGAGUCUCGUACGCUUUAUAUCGCUGCAGAGCGAAGAAUUCCCGAUAUCCUCGCUCCUCACGAUAAACAGGGUGGAUUGCAUGUCACUGAGAUCAGCCAAGAGGCUAGCAUUGAGAAACGGAAGCUGUCUCGCAUCUUGCGAUACCUGUGCUCGAUCGGGAUUUUCAGUCAAACUGGCCCGGAAACCUUUGCGAACAAUACCAUCUCCGCCGCAUUGGUCUCCAACGAGCCCUUACGAGCUUAUGUCCAACUAGUCAGCAGUGAAGGCUUUACUGCAUCAGAUCGCCUACCUAAAACGCUCCUACACCCCGAAACUGGCCCAUCGUAUGACGUGGCUAAGACCGCCUGGCAAGAUGCCAUCGGAACGACUAAAACACGAUGGGAAUGGGUCGAGGAGCGAGUGCCACAGGACAAGCUGAUCGAGACUGGGGGUCACUACCCAGGAAUUCCAAGCCUCGUUCUAGAGCCCCAGACCCCAGGAGAGGAUGGCCUGGUCGCAAGACCCGAACUGGAGAUCAUGGGUCUCUCCAUGGUUGGUGGUGGGCGAGUAUUCGGCGCUGCCCACGUCUAUGAUUUCCCAUGGGCCUCGCUGGGCAAAGCUCUGGUCGUCGAUGUUGGCGGUGGUGUUGGGGGUUUCCCACUCCAGCUAAGCAAGAUCUAUCCCGAUCUCCACUUCGUCGUCCAAGAUCGCGCACCCGUGGUCAAGCAGGGCUUGGAACGGGUCUGGCCAAAAGAUAAUCCAGCAGCUUUGGAAGCUGGUCGAGUGCAGUUCGUGGCGCACAGUUUCUUCGACAAAAACCCCGUUGAGGGGGCAGAUGUGUACUACCUCCGAUAUGUCCUUCAUGACUGGUCCGACGACUACUGCGUCAAUAUCCUGUCGCGCAUCCGCGAGAGCAUGGGCCCGGAUUCCCGCUUGUUGAUCUGCGAACAGGUUAUGAACACUACUACGGGCGACCCGGAUUUGACCUCGGCGCCAGCUCCUUUGCCAGCUAACUACGGCUACCACACGCGGUUUAGCCAUAGUCGGGACAUAACCAUGAUGGCAUGCAUCAAUGGCAUCGAGAGAACUCCGGAGGAGUUCAAGACUAUCCUGGGGGCUGCUGGGUUGAGCCUGAAACAGAUCUGGGAGUGUAGAAGUCAAGUGUCGCUACUGGAAGCAGUCUUGCCAGAAGCUGGACACACAAACGCGUAG